UCGGUCCCAUGAAAAAAUGCUGGUGUAAUGUUAUGGAAGAAGCAAAAUUUCAUGAAAGGAAUAGCAAUGCCUUUGAUAAGAGAUAUUUUCCAUCUCAUGUGAGGAAAGCCCUACAAAAACUAGAGCCUAACUUACAGAAAGACAUCAUUGCAGGUUUUUACAAGGCAGGAAUUUUUCCUCUUAACCGAAAACGUGUGUUGGACCGGCUGCCCCCUGAGCUGUGUGAGGAUGAAGAUGUUGAUGGCAGUUAAGCUAAUAGCAGCACUAGUGUAAAUGACAGUUUAACAACUUUCUUGAAAGAGAUGCGUUAUGGUGAUGGGAGUGAAAAACAAGCAGUAGGCCGAAAAAAGAAACUGAACAUUCCGGCUGGCCGCAGCGUCACUCUUGCAGAUUUUGAUGACCCUGACGAGGAAGAAACAGAAAAUGAAAGAUCUGAAAACGAAGAUGUACCAGACAAUCAAGAAUUUUAUAAUUAUGAUUCUAAUGAAGAAGGUUUUGAUAUGGAAAAGAGAGAUGAAGAGCGUUCUGAAGAUUUAGCGGAGUGCAUCAGUGAAGGAGACUGGGUGAAAGUGAGAUUUACGUAUGAUAAGGGGGUAAAGGUUUUUAUUGGGAAGGUUUUAGGAAUCGAAGAUGCAGAAUUUAUUGGGACAUUCCUUCGGCAGUCCAGUAAAUGUGACAAUAUUUUUUUAUUUUCCCAAUGUGCCUGAUGAGUUCCCAUUUAACAAGGAUGACGUUUUGGCAGUUUUAAAACCGCCACACUCACAGAGGGGACAGUAUAUUUUUGAAUCCGAC